GGACAUAAUUCCGUGGCGUCAUACCCCAAAACACGGAAGUAGAGUACCGCGAAACUACAAAUGCACAUCAGCAGCCAAACAACAUGAAUAAACGCAGGUUUUCCAAUGAAGACGCGACAGAUGUAACUUCCCCCGGCUCACUGGAGACGAAACGUAAACUAUCAAAGACUCAUGUGUCCAGGUCAACAGAUUCUGACUCACCAUGGUGGACCAAGGAGAACCUGUCCUCUGCAGAAGCUUUGUGGGCAAUGACUCUCCAGUCUGCGCUACCAUACUUUCAUGAGCAACAGUGGGAUGAAGUUCCUGAUUUUCCACAUCCAUCUGCAAGAGAAGAGCAACUGGCUGAACAACAAUGGUAUAACUUGACUGAAAAGGUUCCUCCUUCCCCCAAACCUCCUCCCAUGUCCCCCCAAAAAACAGAUUUCCCAGUCACCUUUCCUCCGGAGACCAAAACUCAACUGGACAUUGCUGAUUCGUCACAUUCUUCUGUCAGUCGGCAAGACUGCGGGAGUAAAAUGAUAACUACAGAAGCUAACAUUGAAAAAGAUCAAACAUAUCUCCAUGCAGUUGCCGGGCCCUCCCGUAUCGAAGAAGGAAUGAAACAAGAUGAGAAAAGACAAACGGUGCGAGGCAGCUGCUUCGAUAGUCAAACUCUGGUCAAAGAUGCUGAUAUCAUUGAGGAGCUAAUGGAAAGUGAAGAGAAUGAGGAAAAGUUCAUUGACUCAAAAAGUGGAGAACAAGCUCAAGAAAAGUUGAAUAGCUGCCCUAUGUGCCUGCUGGUCUUCUCUGUCGAGGCCUCACAGAUGGACCGUGAUUGCCACCUGGCACAGUGUCUGUCAGAGAUGAAUGUGGACAUGAGCUGGUGAGCUCCAAGCACCCGAGAUGUUCUGCACGCCUUGGGGAUAAUAUUGAUGUUUUCUUGUUGAUGUCCAGAGGUUUCCAUGUUUUCUAUAUAAUUCAGCUGCUAUUUCUUUUUUUUUUUAAUUAUUGAUUCAUAAAUGAAAUGACCCGUUUUGUCAGUCAAACUUUGUAAAUAGUAAAAUAGUAACAGUAAAAUAGUAUCGAGUUACUGUCAGACAACGUCAUACAAUGCUAUAGCAGGUCAAUUAAGAAAAAAUAAAUAAGUGAAACAGUGCAGUUCUUUCAUUUAAAAAAUGCAAACAAAACUAUUUAUAGGCAAGUGAUUAUUUUUGGUAAUUAAAAAAAAAAAAAUUAACAACUUAACAUAUAGACAAGUUUCCUGAGUGAAAAUGGGGCGGGGCCAUCUUUGACAUUUUAUGCUAUGGACUUCCGGUUUAGACAGAACAAAAUGAAGUGCAGUUGAAGUAAGCUGUGUGUAGACAAAUUUAAAACUGCAAAAUCAAACCAGAGCAACCCACGGAAUCUCCAAAAAUGGAUUCAGCAUGGACGCUGAAUCCAUUUGGCACCUGUUGUGCGUUUGUUCUUAUCACUUCGUUGAUCGUUCGUGGACGAAAUUUCUAACAAUCUGUGCAGCCUGUGUUAACAUGAGAUGUAUAUUGAUACGCCGGCCACUUGAGUGACCAAAUUGAGGCAAAAUUACAAAUAAAAAAGGGCUGACACGGA